GGGAGCGUUCGGGAAAGUGUACAGGGGCUCACUCAACGGGGCGGAAGUGGCAAUCAAGGUCAUGAUGGGCGAGCUGACGGACGCCAAGCGGAAGCAAUUCAUUGCGGAAGUGAACACUCUCAGCGCACUGAAUCAUGCCAACCUUAUUUCCCUCGUCGGAUACUGUGUGGAGGGAGGGCAUUGCGUGUUGGUGUACCCAUUCUUUGGUGGGGGCAGCUUGCACGACAGGUUGUUCCCCAAGCCAAGCUCCGAGCCCCGUGCAGUCCCCCCCCGCAAGGACCCUCCGCGUGCCUUUCGGCCUCUAACCCUUCAGGAACGCAUGAGCAUCAUCUUCCAGGUUGCCAAGGGCCUCUGCUACCUCCACGACGCGGCCAGACCGCCCAUCAUCCAUAGGGACAUCAAGAGCAACAACAUUCUUCUUGGUACCGGUUUUGGGGAGAGGCUCCACACGGUCGUGGCCGAUUUCGGUCUGGCGGCUAUAGGAGAGAGAGUGCUGGGGACCGCACGCGAGCAUAUUGUCCUGACCUCUCACAUCGCCGGAACCUUUGGGUACAUGUCCCCAGAGUACAUGCUGAAAGGUGAGCUGUCGGACAAGAACGACGUGUACUCCUUUGGGGUCCUCGUUCUGGAGGUGCUCUCGGGUAAAAACAUCCUUGCACCAGCAGCUGCUGGGGUCGGGUGGCAGACGAUCGUGGAAUGGGUAAGGACUUUCCUUCAAGAUGGGGAUGAUAAUGGGUCCGUCGUCCCAAAGGAGGGUGUCGAGCUUCCCUACGCAAUUCUUGAUCCCUGUUUGAGCGAGCAAGCGAUGGAGCCUCCCAUAGAGCAGAUGGUGAUGGGCGCUAUCAGAUUGGCCUGGCAAUGUGUGCAGAACGAGUACAGAUGUAGGCCAGCCCUGAGGGACGUCGUUCAGUGCAUUCACAAGCUGCUCAUUGAGGCAGGCUGGCACCGCUUGACGGCGAUGACAGAUGUGUCGAAGCUUGUAGACUUGUCCGAACUUCCCGAAGGUGACGAUCAUGUGGCGAGAUCUUCGAGAGCGGUGGGGGGURCAGCGCCCGGGGAGAGCUGUGGGGAUGGCGAGGAUGACGGGCCUUUGGUGAACAGGCAGCGGCRCGGGUAUGCACUAGACGGGAUUGAAAMUGCGGCCAAGCUGUGGGUGGACGACAUGAGGUUCUGGAASGAGACCGAGGGCAAUGGACUCUUCAAGCUAAUCCAGGAAGCGCGACUGUAUUUGCUGGCCAUCACCAGGGGAGUYCCCCCUCCCGACAUCUGCCGGAGUAUAGUYCUYCCGCACUCCAGCAUCCUGCAGCACAAAAUCAGAGACGAGUUGCAGCUGAAGGCGGUGAAAGACAGGGUGAUCAAAGUGCAGAGCAUCGCCUUACGCGUCAUCCAUGGUGGAUCUUCAAGGCCGCGAGUCGCUCAUGGGGCUGCCACUCCGCGUACCACCAGCGUCGUCACGGAGAGGAUGGGCAAACCCGCCAUGAUGUUGGCGGACCCACCUCUAUACAUCCCGAACUGGGCAUCGUCCGGGAUCACUUUCGGACAUGACGCCACUUUUCCAUCGCAGAUGGACAGGAAAAGGUUAUACUGGAUGGGGACUGGCACCCCAGAGGAGGAAGAAGAUAAACCAGCCGGCGGGUAUGAUGAUGGAGGGGGGUAGAGAACUGAGGUUCACGUGGCGAGACUAUGGCAAACGACGCUUCGUCAAGGACGUCAGGGGUGGCCGCGGAAUGUCAUGUCUCGCAGUGGAGGGUGGAUGAGCGGCCGUUGGCUGCUCGGUCUGUGCUUGUGUGUGCGGUCAAACACGUUUGCAGUGUCAACGUUCUCUCUGAAGUUGGGGGGAUGUGCUAACGUGCUUUUGCCCUCAUGCGGUUGCACGUCUUGCGGAGGGAGCGACUUCUGGGGAGCAUCGUCAUGUGUGAUGGCAAAUGUCAACAGAUUUCAGCAUUCCUGGGGUCCGUGCUAGGGUGCAAGCUUUCAAAUCCUGCACCAUGUUUUGUUUUUAAAGUUUUUUAGCCAUGCACGAACUCUUGGCGAUUUCUACCACGGGUCUUUGGUCUGUUUGCUAGCGCAUGUGUGGGGUCUUUGAGCGAGCGACGAGCGUCAUGCGUGCAAUUUGUCAUCUAAUGAAUGCCUUUCGAAUCU